UGUGACCACGCCCAGUUCCACGUGAUACUUAAUAACUUGGGAAAUCAACCUAUCAAAUUGGCCUUAAGAAGUCCUCGACAUGUCUUUAGGAUCAGUUCAAAUCCUUCACAAGUCCCUGCAAGAAGCAAAAAAGAACUUGGAAGGAACUAACCACGCUAUAUUGCGCAUUAGUGGACGGGAUCCUAAAUCCAAGGAUGCUUUUCAGAGUGAAAGACGCAUGUCAGGAGGACGUCCAAGACCUUCCUGGUCUGAUGAUAACCUUCCACCAACCAAGAGAAGAAUAUCAAGCUCAAGCUUUAAUAAAUCAGGUGGUGAUUUUGAAGGAGAUGAUGAUAUUAAUAAAUCUGAGACUGACUCUUCUGUGAAUCUGAGGUCUUCAGUGAGUACUGCUCCUGUGCCACCCCGACCCACUGCACCUCUCAAUACUGAUAAGACUAGUCGACAAAGAAAUCGGCGCAUGUUUGGUAUGUUAAUGGGGACAUUACAAAAAUUUCAGAAAGAUAAUUCCCAAGAUACAGAACAGGAGAAACGAAGAGUACAAAUAGAAAAUAAACUGGAGCAAGUUGCUAUGAGGGAAAGAGAGGAAGCAACACAACAGAAGAAGAUGUUGUUAGAUCAAAGGAAGUUACAAAGAAAGCUCGUGGGAAAACUAACAUAUCAACUUGAAUCUGUUGAACUGUAUGAGGAUUGGAACCAACAUGAUAUGAAACUCACUGGCUAUAUUAAGACUAAAGCUCAACCUCCUUUAUUUUAUCUACCCUCUGAACACAACGAAGCUACAAAGACCCUACUGACUGAGAGCAGCAACUUAAUUAAAGAAACAAUAAAAUCAAGAGAGGAUGAAAUAAAGGGACUACUCCAAGAAAAUGAAUCACACAAUGUAGCAGAAGAUGAACAGAUCAAUAACGACAUAAUGGUUGAUGAUAAUUGUGAUGUUGUUGAUGAAAUAGAUGUUGAACAUUAAAAAACUAUUUUUGUUUUUUAUGUUAA